UCUGCGUUGCCUUUAGCUGCCGUCAGGACCGACGCGGACAUGGCGGACGCAGCCAACCCUCCACCGCUGCAGACGGACUUCCAGGAGCUGGAGGACGGGGAGGACCUGUUCCCGGAGCCGAGCGCCACACAAGAGUCAGGACCAGCCAGUCUGCCGGCUCAGGACAUCAGCACCAACUCAAAUGGACCCAAACAAGACUCGCUGUUUGAUGACGACCCCGAUGACCUGUUUGCAGAGGCCACAGAGGAGGUUUCUCUGGACAGUCCGGAGAGAGACGUUCUGCUGUCUGACGGCCCGUCGCCCGCCAUCACCCCCAUCACCCCCCCCACCUGCGUCAUCGGUCCUCACAUUGGCCACGACGACUUGUUCACACACUCAUCCUUUGACGAGAUUGAAGAGGAGGAGGGCGGCGACUCAUUUGACAUACACAUAUCAGUGUCUGACCCUGAGAAAGUUGGUGACGGGAUGAACGCCUUCAUGGCCUACAAGGUGACGACCAAGACGUCCAUGUCUGUGUUUAAGCGGAACGAGUUUUCAGUAAAGCGACGUUUCAGUGACUUUCUGGGUCUGCACAGUAAGCUGGCCUCCAAGUACCUGCACAUAGGCUACAUCGUCCCCCCGGCGCCAGAGAAAAGCAUUGUGGGGAUGACCAAGGUGAAGGUGGGGAAGGAGGAUCAGUCGUCCAACGAGUUCGUGGAGAAGAGGAGGUCGGCGCUGGAGAGGUACCUGAUGAGAACAGUGAAGCACCCGGUUCUGCUGAAGGAUCCUGACGUGCUGCAGUUUCUGGAGAGCUCAGAUCUGCCUCGGGCCGUCAGCACCCAGGCCUUGAGCAGCGCCGGGCUGUUGCGGAUGGUCAACAAGGCAGCGGACGCCGUCAACAAGAUGACUAUCAAGAUGAACGAGUCGGACGCGUGGUUCGAGGAGAAGCAGCAGCAUUUUGAGAACCUGGACGUUCAGCUGAGGAAGCUCCACGGCAGCGUGGAGGCGCUGGUCUGCCACCGCAAAGAGCUGUCGGUGAACACGGCGCAGUUCGCCAAGUCGGCGGCCAUGUUGGGGAACAGCGAGGACCACACGGCGCUGUCCCGGGCCCUGUCCCAGUUGGCCGAGGUGGAGGAGAAGAUCGACCAGCUGCACCAGGACCAGGCCAACGCAGACUUCUACCUCUUCUCUGAGCUGCUGGGAGACUACGUCCGCCUCAUCACCGCCGUCAAGGGUGUGUUCGACCAUCGCAUGAAGACGUGGCAGAAGUGGCAGGAUGCUCAGAUGCUCCUGCAGAAAAAACGAGAAGCAGAAGCCAAACUGCAGUUCACCAACAAACCAGACAAGCUCCAACAGGCCAAGGAAGAGAUCAAGGAGCUGGAGAUGAAGGUGCAACAAGGAGAGAGAGACUUCGAACAAGUCUCCAAAACCAUCCGCAAAGAGGUCAGCAGGUUUGAGAAAGAACGAGUGAAGGACUUUAAGACGAUUAUCAUCAAAUACCUGGAGUCGCUGGUUCAGACACAGCAGCAGCUCAUAAAGUACUGGGAGGCCUUCUUACCUGAGGCCAAGGCCAUCUCCUAGACAACACUACAAUACCCACAAUGCACCGGUCGCCCUGGGCCUUCCACCCCGCGGUUCAUUUCCAGAGAGAAGAGAAGUUUGGAACUAAAUCAGCUCAAAGUUCCUUUACUACGUACUUUUGUUUUUCUGCUGCGUUCAGGUGCCAUGGGAAUAACAGAGAAUCCUAUUUGACUUGAACGCAGCAG